UAUGACCAAUUGCCCUACUCUGAUUGUCAUGGUGGGUCUCCCAGCAAGAGGAAAAACCUACAUCUCAAAGAAGCUGACACGCUAUUUAAAUUGGAUUGGAGUGCCUACAAAAGAAUUUAAUGUUGGUCAGUAUCGUCGAGAUUUGGUGAAAAAGUAUAAAUCUUUUGAAUUCUUCCUGCCUGACAAUGAAGAAGGCUUGAAAAUCAGGAAACAGUGUGCCUUAGCAGCGCUGAAUGACGUCCGACAGUACCUCAGUGAAGAAAAUGGGCACGUGGCUGUCUUUGAUGCUACAAACACAACUCGGGAACGUAGAGAAACUAUUUACAAAUUUGGUGAAGAAAAUGGAUAUAAGACUUUUUUUGUUGAGUCAGUAUGUGUAGAUCCAGAGGUCAUUGCUGCAAACAUUGUGCAAGUGAAGCUGGGUAGUCCUGACUAUGUUGAUUGUAGUAAUGAUGAAGCAACAGAAGACUUCAUGAAAAGAAUAGAGUGUUACAAGAACUCGUAUGAGACAUUAGAUGAAACUCUUGACAAGGAUCUUUCUUAUAUUAAAAUUAUGGAUGUUGGAAGGAGUUACCUUGUGAACAGAGUAAUGGAUCACAUUCAGAGCCGGAUUGUCUACUACCUCAUGAAUAUCCAUGUGACUCCUCGGUCAAUCUACCUCUGUCGACAUGGAGAAAGUGAACUCAAUCUCAAAGGGAGAAUAGGAGGAGAUCCUGGACUGUCUGUCAGGGGGAAAGAAUUUGCCAAAAGCUUGGCACAAUUUAUUAAUGAGCAAAAUAUCAAAGAUCUGAAAGUUUGGACGAGCCAGAUGAAAAGGACAAUUCAGACUGCUGAAGCCUUGGGAGUGCCUUAUGAGCAGUGGAAGGUUUUGAAUGAGAUAGAUGCAGGAGUGUGUGAAGAAAUGACAUAUGAGGAAAUACAGGAAAAUUACCCGCUUGAAUUUGCACUGAGAGACCAAGACAAAUACAGAUACAGAUACCCUAAAGGAGAGUCCUAUGAAGAUCUUGUUCAGAGACUGGAGCCAGUAAUUAUGGAACUUGAAAGGCAGGAAAAUGUGCUUGUCAUAUGUCACCAAGCUGUCAUGCGCUGUUUGCUUGCAUAUUUUCUUGACAAGCCUGCAGAACAACUGCCUUACCUGAAGUGCCCACUGCAUACUGUCUUAAAGCUAACACCGGUGGCUUAUGGAUGUAAAGUAGAAUCUAUAUUUCUGAAUGUUGAAGCUGUAAACACACACAGAGAUAAACCCGAGAAUGUAGGUGUGGAUCGGUCAAGAGAAGAAGCUUUGAGGACAGUACCUAACCACCUAUAGCUCCAGUUCCCGGGGGUGGCAGCCCUUCCUCCAGCACAAGAGCAUCAAGUAGCAGCUCAGGUCCUGGCGAAUGGAGGAGGCGUUGCUGAGCGCCGAGCAAGUUGGAAUGAACGCGCCUCCCCUUCACUUUAAGACAUUUCGAAUGUGAUUCAGCUUCUUUGGAGAAAACCUGUAGUUGUGGAUAACUCCCAGUGCUGAAAGGUAUCAGUAAAAAGAUUUAUGGGAAGCAGAGUAGAGUUGGUUUUAGAUUUUUUUGGUAUGUAAAUUUGUGCAGUUUCAGUGGUUUUUAUUGUUCGUCUGUGGAUACUGCAAGAUGGUUAAUUGCCCUUGUCAAUUUUACUGUCAGAUUUUAACUAGAUUUUACUUUCCUUUUUAAGUGUUUUUCUAAGAGUUCCUCUUACUUUUACUGUGAAUGAUUGCCUAGAGUUACAUGGAGAUUUUUUGAUGGUGUAUUUAACAUAGGUGAAAUUCUACAUUUUGAGCAUUGGAGGCUUCAUGUUGCAAAACUACCUUAAAUGGGAAAGCCUGUCAGCUCUGAUGGCUUUUCUGUGUUUUGAAUUGAGCUUUUGUUUGCAAACCACAACUUAGAUUUUUCUGAA